UACAGUCGACAGGUGAUCGCUUAUGGGAUGGGAGAAAACACCGCGACAUCCGGCGACGAUACGGAACCAGCGUCCCUCGAGUACGAAGAGGACUGCUACUACGCUUACGUCUCAAAAACGGACACACCGAGCUUUGACGAGGACGUGGCCGAAGAAGACUGCGUUUUUGUCAUCGUGGAGGAAGAGUUCGACGAACCCACAAGUCUAGGGUUGGAGGAGACGGACCCGAGGAGAGUCGAGGCCGAGGUGUUUGACAAAAAAUCGGGACGGAACAAAUGGGUGCGCGGAGUGAGAGUGAAAUUCGAGGACCUCAGCAAACCGUACUUGGCGAAAAUCACCAACCACAAAAACUAUUCCAAGUUCCUACAGCUCGUUAGAGGAGAGGAGGUGGUGGCGGACGUGUCUCCAGAUUCUGGGAUCAAUGAGUUGGCGGGACUCAGUCCGGAGGAACAGGAGAGACAGAAACAGGAGUGGGCUGAUGAACUAGCCAAGGUUGAGGAGGAGAUACAGACCCUUCGACAUGUUCUCGCCUCCAAGAUGAAGGCUUCGCAGGAACUCAAGCGCAAGUUGGGCUUCAGUGUGUGGCGCGAGUUCCAGGACGACAUGAGCCAGGGUAUCCGCAAUGUCAAGGAGUCUAAUGUUUACCAGAAUGUAGAAGGCACCAUUUCCCAGAUUGGCAAGGCUGUCACUGAAGCACCUCUUUACCAUAAUGUAGAAGAGAAGGUUAGUCAGGUCAGCAAGGCAGUCACUGAAGCCCCAAUAUAUCAAAAGACUGAAUCUGUGAUAAAAACCACCGCUGAAAAGACUACUUCGCUCCUUGGUGGACUUGGAACUGGAUUUACGUCAAAAAUUGGAGCUCUCAAGAACUCUGAUUCUUUCCGAUCUUUCGAAGACAAACUUGGCUCAGCAUACGAAAACGUUAAGACUAAAGUGACAACAUCCCGCUCCAAUUCCAUGGUCAGUUUUGAUGAAGCUCUCCGUGAAGCUGAGGCUAACCGCAAGUCUCCGGCGACCACCCCCACCAUCAACGAGGAACGCCCUUCCUAAUCCCCCUACCUCUCCCCCUCCUACCACCACCUGCGAGCUGUGCACUCAAGUUACACUACGGAGCAGAGCUACCGAUCCUAGCCUACAACUUAGGUAGACUACCAUAACUACAUAGGUUAGCUGGGUAGACUAAAAUUCCAUCCGCUUAAAUGUUGCAACAUAAAAACUAUGUUAGUAAUAAUUGUUAAUAAAUUUCUUGUAUUUGAAAGUUUGAAUUUCAACCGUUGCUCAUUUUAAAAUCGCUUUGUGUUUAAUACCAGUGUGUAUGAUGCAAGUGUUAAUUAAUAUGUAGGAAAAUAAUUACAAUUAAAUUGAAUGCCUUAAAGCCUAACCACAACAGGAUUGUUUUUUUUCAUCUUUGAGAAAAUAUAACUGCUUUUUUGUACUUUCUCACUUAAUAUUUACACAUGUUAAUCUACACACAAAAAAUAAUUUUGUUUUGAGUGCACUGUACCUGUACGUGCACAGCUCUGCUAUCGAAUUUCUGAAUAAUUGUAUUUAUCUGUAAAUUGUGUAUAUCCCGAGUAUUGAUUUGCAAUAUAAUUACUUUGUUAUGUGUCACUUAGCAUUCCAGUUUCCUUUAUAAAAAAUAUUUAUAUUAUAUUAUAUUUGUGUCCCUGUUACGAUUUUGUGUGGCGUUUGUUAAUGAUUUAUGAUUUUUAUCAUGUAUGUUUCUGAAUCUGCCCCAUUUUGUGUAUCGUCUAUUGUACUUUUAAAUUGUAUAGAAAUAUUGUUAAUUUUCACAUUGCAUAGUUGUAAAACAAACCACAGAUCAUUUUCUUGUAUUAGCUUUGUGAGGGUUGCCUCUUUCAUGUGCCUGCAGUUAUUUUGAGCUUUAAUUUAUUACAUAAAGCCUCAUCUUCACUUGACCAGCUUAUAAAUUGUAGCAAAAGUAUUUAUUUUCAAAGUACUUAUAUUUUCAAAAAUACAAAUAGUUAAUAAGAAUAGUGAGGACUGGGCUACAAUUAAUUUAUGUUUUUAAGAUAUAUAAUUUUAUUCAAAUAGAAUGUGAUA